CAGGUAUGAAGUGGCUCCCAGUCUUGCGGUUCAGCGGCAGAAGAAUUAACAAGAAGCAGGGCGGACCUACCUACCUUCCAGAUGUCUUUAAACUGACAUAGUUGACCGCGUCGUUUCUCCCCCAGGCUCAGCAUGAGACUCACCAACAGUACGGUUCCAGUCUAUACUGUGUCUGGUUCGUCGACUGCUCGCAGUCUCCCGGACUGGCUUUCGCAGCAGCAAAAACGCAAGAAAGACCCCGAAUAUGCCAACCGCGUCGAACUGUUACAAGACUUCGAGUUCGAAGAAGCUAGUCAAUGUGUGCGGGUUAGCGAAGAUGGCGAAUGGGUCAUGAGCACCGGGACAUACAAACCACAAAUCCAUACACAUUACCUGCCCAAUCUCGCGCUUUCAUGGGCAAGACACACCAAUACCUUGAACAAGACAUUCAUCUUCCUCUCGACCGACUAUUCGAAGUCUGUCCAUCUGCAAGAGGACCGCUCCCUGGAGUUCCAUACGCCAGGCGGCUGCCAUGAUUCACUACGAAUACCGCGGUAUGGUCGCGACCUCGCGUAUGACCGGAACAGCACCGAACUGCUGGUACCCGCCGUCGGCGUCAACACGAAUGGUAUGGGAGAGGUGUUCAGAUUCAAUCUUGAGCUGGGAAGAUUCAUGAAUGAAUUCGAGGUAGAUGUCGGAGGCGACGACCUGAACUCCAUGGGCGGUGGUGCAUUACAAGGAGGUAUUGGGGCUGGCAGUGUUAAUGUCGCCGCUGUGGCAGAAGGCAGUCAUAACCUGUUAGCAUUCGGCACAUCCCUGGGCACGGUCGAAUAUUGGGACACACGAUCAAGAGCUCGAGUGGCUACCCUUGGUGUGCCUGCGGACUUUGAAGGACGGCCAGAGGUGACGGCCCUUGACUACCAUCGAUCCGGCAUCAACAUGGCUGUCGGAACUUCUUCUGGUCUCAUUUACCUUUACGACUUGAGAUCCUCACUACCAACUUUAAAGAAGGACCAAGGCUACGGUUAUCCAAUACAGUACGUGCAGUUCUUGACGCAAGGCAUCAGGACUCGAGAUUCUAUUGGGGAGCCCAAGAUCGCCUCAGCAGACCGACGGAUAUUGAAACUCUGGGAUGAGCGUGACGGGACACCAUGGACUUCAGUAGAGCCAACGGUGGACAUCAACUGUGUUGCGUGGUGCAAAGAUAGCGGGAUGUUUCUAACGGCCAAUGAAGGUCGACAACAACAUGCCUUCUUUAUCCCCCAACUUGGGCCGGCUCCAAAGUGGUGUUCAUUCCUGGACAAUGUUGUCGAGGAGAUGGCAGAAGAUCCAAAUGACCCGUACGCCUUCUCGAAAUCAAAGAUAGGCGAGGUGUACGACAACUACAAAUUCCUCACACCGCCUCAAUUGCGCAUGCUCAACCUAGACCACCUCGUGGGCAAGACGAAUCUUCUCCGACCUUAUAUGCACGGUUUCUUUGUGGCUCAGGGGUUAUAUGAAGAGGCAAGGCUGAUUGCAAACCCGACCAGCUGGGAAGAGGAGCGGGCGAAGCGGGUCCAAGCGAAGAUCGAUAAAGAGCGCGAAAGCAGAAUCCGCGGCAAGAAGAAGAUCAGUGUCAAAGUCAAUCGAAAAAUGGUGGAAAGAAUUCUUGAACGCGAAGAAAAGAAUGAAAGGCGACGCGCUCAGAGGGUGCUGGCACAGGGAGGUGAUGAGACAGCUGCUGCGGAGGCCAACCAAGUCCUCUCUGCUCAGGAUGAAGAAAAAGGCCUUCUCGCAGAUUCACGUUUUGCCAAACUCUUCCAAGAUGAAGAUUUCGCCGUGGAUGAAACCUCCAGAGAAUUCCAGCAGCUCAACGCUAGCACCAAGGUGACUGCGUUGAAUCACGACCAAGAAAAAGGGCUGACCGCUGUCGAAGAGGAAGCAAUUGAUGAAGUUCCUGGGUCAAGUGACGAGGAUCAGACAGAUGAGGAUGACGGUCCCUCCAGAUACAAAACGAAAGACCGAAUAUCAACGGCUGAUUACAAACGCCGCCCAAACAAGAAACAGAAAAGGAAGGGCGAUCAAAUGCAAAUGCGAGUCACGUCUUCUACGUCGAAAAACGCUGCCAGAAUGCCCCAUGAUCGCUCAUUCGGUUCUCGGGCGGACAGCUUUCGGCCUGUCGAACGAGCAAAACGAAGAACCGGUUUUGGUGAUGCCGUGGGUGACAAGGUCAUCUCUUUCGAUCCGACAAAGAAAUCAAAACGCGCAGACAGCGCUAAUGGUGGGAUUACCAGGACAUCGAGAGGUCAAGAUCGGAGAAGCGCAUCAGGCAAUACGUUCAGGAGGAUGUGAUCUCGAUGAAUGCUCCAAGAGGAAUGCCAAAUGGACGGUGGCUUUCACGUGGCGGGCUUUAAGAUCAGGCCCAAGUUUUCAUUGCUUCGAUGAUUUUGCCCGACUGUGUCACAGCACCGAAGAUUCCCCCUUCCAUUUUGACAGAAUCCAAUGCAAAUUGAUGCAGCUUUGGUGUGGCUGCAGCUGUGGCGUCUUCUAGUACGACACAGUCAAAACCGCGGUCAUUCGCCUCCCGCAUGGUAGUGGAAACGCAGACAUCUGUCGUUACGCCUGUCAGGACCAAGUUCCUGAUGCCACGAAGCCGCAGGAUAUGCUCAAAAUCCGUAUGAGCAAAUGCACCCCUCCCAGGUUUAUCGAUGAUGAUCUCCUCGGGUAACGGGGUCAACUCGGGUACCACAUCGUGACCAAUUUCUCCCCGAAUCAAGAAUCUGCCCAAGGGUCCUUUGUCGCCGAUUCCCAGAUGUCGAGGGUUGUUGCGAGACCGGAAUCGUUCUCGACUUGAUAAGGUAGAGAGGUCUGGCCUGUGACCUGCAGGAGUUUCAGCAGAGCAUGCCACCGUCUCAAUUACCUAGAUGCGAACCUUCUCGAGUGAAGAAGACCGGAAACGAGCCUUUUCGCGCGGUAGAGAGAAGGGCGUGAAUGGCCGGGAUGAUGGCACGGGCGUCUGCUACGUCGUAGCCUUGGCAGUCGAAAUAUCCGCCCACUUCGCAGACUGCAGUGAAGAAAGGUCAGCGCGGCACUUCUAGCAGCCUACUGGGCAGUCAUCCUACAGUCCCGCUGCAUGUCGAUGAUGACCAAGGCGGUUGUUUCGGGAGACAGAGAAUGAUCAUGCGGGUAGUGGUAAGGGUCUGCCGGGACCUGGUCCCAGCGAGAGACCUCUUGAACCAUUGAAUGCGAGGAGGUAGCGAGUGAAUAUGGGAGUUAUCAAUAUGACGAGUCUAGCAGUUCCACGAAGCACUGAGAUGUAACAAUAACACUGAGGAUAGAGUCCAGUGCCGAAAAAAGAGAAGCACAAUCUUGAGACAUUAUUGGGCGUUGGGAUUUUUAAUGCCAAGACUUGUUUGGAUAGUCA